UUAAAAGGACUGCAGUUUGUUUUUACGGAACUACUUUCGUGUUCAUCCGAGUACGGGGUAGUAGUUCUUAGCCGACUAUAUUAUCUCUAUAUAAAUAUUAUGUUUGGUAACGAAAUAAAUAAUGUUUAAUUUUAAAUCGCGCAAGUUGGCACCUAAAUAAUUUGUUUUCUGUUGUUUGAGGAAACAAAAAGCAGCAGACUCCAGUUUUCCACAACUCUGGGCUGUGCGGCCUUUUCUUUCUCAUGGACGCUCCGCCAUCUUGAAUUUUAAUGCUGAUUUUUUUUUUGAGUGUAGCUAAGUUAUAUUUAUGUUUAGCAUUAUUUUUGUAGGAUUUUAAUAAGAUUGAAUUCGAUUCAGAGUGAAAGAUUAAGGUUUGAUUCACCAUGGGAGCCAACGACUAACAAGGAGACUCGAUGCGACUAACGCAGGCGCUCUGCGGGUAUGAAGUGGAUGGGCGAAUCCAAGAAGAACAUGGUAGUAAAUGGCAGACGACAUGGCAGCAGGUUCAGCGAACAUCAGGGGAGUCAAAGUCGCGCUCAGCAUCUGCGUCACAGCAAGAACUCGCUCAGCAGCCGGAGAUGCAGCCGCCGUUUCAACGGUGGUCCGAUGGAGGCCGAAAGACGGCACGUGCCAUCAUCGGGAAUGACCGCUAAGGAACUGUGUGAGAAUGACGACUUGACCACGAGCCUUAUCCUCGACCCUUACCUCGGCUUUCAAACACACAAAAUGAACACCAGAUUUCGCCCCAUUAAAGGAAGACAAGACGAGCUAAAGGACAUUAUAGAGAGUUUUAAAAAACACAGCGACCUUGAGAAAACGUUCGAGUCUUUAACGUGUGGAGAUUCCUCCAGAAAUCAUCUCCUGUCCAAAACAAAGGCUCAGGAGAAACUUUUUAAACAGCACGUAUUCGUUUAUCUGCGCAUGUUUGCGAGCGACAGCGGAUUCGAGAUUUUGCCUUGCAACCGAUAUUCUUCUGAGCAAAAUGGGGCUAAAAUAGUUGCAACGAAAGAAUGGAAAAGGAACGAUAAGAUCGAACAUCUCGUGGGCUGCAUUGCUGAGCUUUCAGCCAGUGAGGAGAACAUGUUAUUACGUCACGGUGAGAACGACUUUAGCGUCAUGUACUCCACUCGCAAAAACUGUGCCCAGCUCUGGCUCGGACCCGCGGCUUUCAUCAACCACGAUUGUCGGCCAAAUUGCAAGUUUGUUUCAACGGGUCGUGAUGCAGCUUGUGUCAAAGUUCUCCGAGACAUCGAACCAGGGGAAGAAAUUUCCUGUUACUACGGUGAUGGCUUCUUCGGAGAAAACAACGAGUUUUGCGAAUGCUACACGUGUGAAAGACGUGGCACCGGUGCUUUCAAAUCAAAAAUGGGACUUCCUGUGGAAGUUCCUGUUAUCAAUAGCAAAUACGGAUUGAGGGAGACAGACCGGCGACUCAACAGGCUAAAGAAGCUGGGAGAAACGAGUCAGAACUCCGACGUCCAAUCUGUCGGCUCCCCCGCCGACGCAGACACUCAGGAUUCCCCGAAAACACACUCAUCAUCUAGGAAAAGAACGCCAGCUAACACGAGGGUAAGUAAAGGCAGGAGUCAUGAUGGACAGUCUCUCUCAAGAGCUUACACAUCUACCUCACCUUCCAAACAAAGUCAAACUAAUAACAGGGUACCAAAGAGACUGAAAUCAAAACCCUCCAAGCCUUCACUCCCGAACGUAAGGUUACGAAGCCAAAGCCAAGGGUCAGAGGCCAAGACCUCUCUGAAGGAGCCGAAAGCUGCUCUCUGCAGAGACGUCCGUGUUAAAAAGGAGAAGAACUCGCUUAGAGCUUUUAACCCGACGGGAUCUAGAGACUGCUUAACACAGCACAUUGCGAAAGAAAACAAUCAACAGUCUUUAAAAUGUCUUGCGGGAUCAGACAAUUGCACGUACAGGACUCGAAGGUCGUUGAGGGCUUUGAAUAAAACGCAGGACGUUGACUGUGUUAAUGGUGAACAAAGCACUUUUGAAGGCCAAAACCCGGUCAUAAAAACGGAACCGGCCGACAUGGAGGAGUACCUCUCUCAUGGCUUGAGGUCACACGAGAAAGCAACAGAAGACUCGUACGUCGCAAUAGUUUCUAACUCGCAAAAUCUGCAUUUCCCUCCACUCCAGCUGGACAGGAGAAUAAAAAGUGAGGACGAGCCAAGCAGACCAUUCAUGCAGAGGUUUACGCAAAGUCCUAGAGUAAAGGAUGUGCUCCUGGGGUUUCCAGAAAGGUCUCGGCACUGCGGUUCCUCCAAAAAGAAGUCUAAAGGAAGCAGUCGGAGUUUGGGAAAAGGGAAAAAGAAGCACAGGAUUCCACACUACGAUGCAGUGAUUCUGGAAAACAGCACAGGGAUUCCUAAACUGACCUUGCGCAGACGUAGGGACAGUGGAGAGACCAAGCAGGCUUGUGGGAGCUCCUCAAAGAUCAAAAUCAAGCUGGGCAAACACCACAAGCGCGACAAGGGAAGCGCUUACGAAGCCAGGUCCAGCAACGGCUUCAGUUCUGCAUCACACAUGAGGACAGUCAUGAAACAUGAGGACAGCGAACACCUGGUUACGCCGGCACGUUUCAACGGAAGUCACCGGAGCAACCACAUGGAUGAGCAGACUUCAGAGGAAGAGGAGGACCAGGAGGAGGAAAGUGAAGAUGAUGAUUAUGAGGACGAUUUUAUCCCACUUCCUCAAGCAAAACGUCUCCGGCUUAUUCUCGGCAAAGAUUCAAUAGACAUCGAUAUCUCCUCUAGGAGGAGAGAGGAUCAGUCGUUGAGGCUCAACGCAUAAGCUCACCUUCAGACUCACGUGUACAUAAACUUCAGGUUCAUUCUGAUCAUGUCACUGAAAAGAUAAACACAAUUAAAGGAAUAACUUGA